AUGCUUGAAAAGAUUAUCUAGAACUAAAUCAAUUAUUAGAGGAAAUUAUCAAAAUAUAUUAAAUUAUAAGAAUGGAAAUUUAAAAUCAGAAAACAAUUAGCAUUCUUUUACAGAAUAUUAUUAUUGAUUUUUAGAGAUACAAUUUAUAUUAUAGGUGGAGCAUAUGGAUACCAAUGGUGUCGAAUAGGAUAAUCUAUAUAAGUAGAUUUGAUACAAAAAUAUGAAUUAAAUACUAUAAAAAUCUGGUUAUGGGAUUAAGAUAAUAGGGUUUAUAGAGUAAAAGUGUUUAUCAAAUUCUAAAAUAUAGAAACAAAAAUUUAUGAAAGUAAUUUAGCAUAAAGUGUAGUUACAAUUAGAUUUCCAGAUUAAUUAGUUGAAUAAUUUAGAAUAUAUAACACUUAUGGCAAUACCUACAAUAUAGGAUUACAUGUGAUAAAAGUUGAAGCUUAUUAUUAAUUUAUUGAAUGA